GAACGUCGCAGCAGUUCUUCAGAAAAGUAACAGUGGCUGGCGGUCAAAAAGGGAGAACUUGUUUGUGCAGUAUUCAAUGUCUGGAGUUGGCAAGAACGAGGGGAGUGUUUGAAUCGACCCGUCCAGCAAUUGUCGAAGCCUCUGUGCCUUUCUCCCCAUUUCGUUUUCGGUCGGGCUCCGCCGUUGAAGCACAAUGAUAAGCGACCCCUUCAACCAGCCUUGUAACCAUCGGCUUACCUGGUGAUGUCUGUAUAUAUAACUCUCUCCUCCCUAUGUGCUGCCCAGGUCUAUGUUAACCCCACACGGGCACUAAUCUCUCUCUCUCUCUCUGAGGCAAAGCAUUGCCAUUUCACCAGCAAGGGGGGCAGACGCGUAGAGCCAGUGCCGCAGAUACAGAGAGAAAUUAAAGAGAGGCGAGGAGGCCUGGACGCCAUUGAUGUCGUAGCAGAGAGGUCAAGCCAGUCUACUCUACAAGCCACAAGAAACCAAGAGAGGCCGAGGAAGAAGAGAGCAUGGAGCCUGCAGGACGGAGAGGAGCGGCAGCCCUGCCGCUGGCGCUCCUCGUCGGCGCCGUGCUGCUCGCAUUGCCCGCCGGCGGUGCGACCGCGUGGUCUCACGACGGCUCCGUCGGCCUAGGCGCCGCAGGUGCCGGCUUUGGCGCCACCGGCGGCGAGCGGCGGUACAGGGAUCUCGCGCAGCGGAGGAUGGAGAGCGUCAGAUCAUCCUUCGGGGCGAGGAGAGAUUUGGCAACGGCGUCGGCGAGCGCCCAACGACACGCCGCCAGAUGCUCUCUCUGCAGCUACUCGUGCGCCAGCCGGCGUCGCGCCGCACGAUUGGCGCUCCGGCGCGGCGCACAGUCCACGCACGCCUCGUUUUCUUUCGCCCCCUUGUUGUUGUUGUUGAUGUCACGGUGCUGACGUGUCGACGGCGUGUGUGUGUUGGGGUGCAGGCGUCGGCCAGCGCGCGGGUGUACCACGUGACGGACUACGGGGCGGACCCCACGGGCGCCACCGACUCGACGGCGGCGAUCAACCGGGCCAUCGCCGACGCGUUCCGCCCGGCGUCCAACUCCACCAUGACCGGCGGCAUCCCGGACCUCGGCGGCGCGGAGGUGCACCUCGACGGCGGCACGUACCUCGUCAGGGGCCCCCUCACGCUGCCGGCCUCCGGCGGCGGCAACUUCCGGAUCCACAGCGGGUCGCUGCGUGCGUCCGACGACUUCCCGACGGACCGGUACCUGAUCGAGCUGUCGGCGGCGGGCAAGGGCGGCAGCGGCCGGACCUACGACUACGAGUACGCCACGCUGCGCGACCUGAUGCUGGACUGCAGCUACCGCGGCGGCGGCAUCGCCGUCGUCAACUCGCUCCGCGUCGGCAUCGACAACUGCUACGUCGCCCACUUCGGCACCGACGGCAUCGCGGUGAGCGGCGGCCACGAGACGCUCAUCCGGAGCAGCUUCCUCGGCCAGCACAUGACGGCCGGGGGCGACCCAGGGGAGCGCGGGUUCACGGGCACGGGCAUCCGCCUCGACGGCAACGACAACUCCAUCGCCGACGUCGUCAUCUUCUCCGCCUCCACGGGGAUCCUGGUCACCCGGCCGGCCAACUCCAUCUCCGGCGUGCACUGCUACAACAAGGCCGCCGGCUUCGGGGGCACGGGGAUCCACCUCAAGGUCCCGGGCCUCACGCAGACGUGGAUCACCAACAGCUACAUGGACUACACCAGCAUCGUGGCCGAGGACCCCGUGCUGCUCCACAUCUCGGGCUCCUUCUUCCUCGGCGACGCCAACGUCGUGCUCAGGGCCGUUAACGGCGUCGCCAGGGGCGUCCAGGUCGUCGGCAACAUCUUCAGCGGCCUGGACAAGGGCGUCGACAUCGUCAGCCUGGACGGCAAGUUCGCCACGGUGGAGCAGGUGUACGUGCAGCAGAACUCGGCCACGGGGAUGACGGUCAAGUCCACGGAGGCGCGCGGGUCGGCGGCGGGAAACGGGACCUCCUGGACGGUGGACUUCGCCGACGUCCUGCUGUUCCCGGACCGCAUCGGCCACGUGCAGUACUCGUUGGUCGCCGGCGACGAGUUCCCGGGCCACACGCUCCGGAACGUGUCCGGCAACCAGGUCAUCGUCGCCACGGACAAGGCCGUCUCGGCCACCGUCCACGUGCUGGUCGACCAGAACGCCAACUGAGGCUGAGCUAGUCAGCUAGUGUGUGCGUGCGUGCGUUCUACUGCCUGCUCGUGCGUCUGCUGUGAGCAAGGCGUGAUUCGUUCGUUUCCUUCUUCUCCUCGCAAUAUUCAGUCAUUCAUAUUACUAUGCCGUCAGGGAGAUGGCAAACCGUUUGAUCGAGAAAAUGCUCCAGAAUGGAUCAUUUUUUGCAUAGUA